UCUCUCUCUCUCUCUCUCUCUCUGCUAUCCCUCCUGCUCCCGCUAUGUCUCUUUUGUAGCCAAAGUAGCUUGCUGAACCAAUCCACCGCAGUGCCUGGGACCGAUUGAGUGAAAUAGAGUGAGGGAUUUAGAGGAUGGGUAAGGGGGCUUAAGGGAAAACACACAGAAGAGAGAGAGAGAAGGGGAUAGAGAGAGGGAGACCAAAAUCCACCAAGCCUCCCUGCUGUGAGGUUUCUUGGCUACUGACGUGUGCGCACGACUCGCGGCAGGAUGAGUUCGUGCAGCAGCCGUGCGUUGACCAUCCUGUCCACAGUGUUUGGAGCCUGCGGGCUGCUGCUGGUGGGGGUGGCCGUGUCCACAGACUACUGGCUUAUCAUGGUGGAGGGCAUCAUCCUACAGCAGAACCAGAGCAUGGAGGUGAAGAUGGCGCUGCAUUCAGGCCUCUGGAGAGUUUGCUUCGUGGCUGGAUCAGAAAACGGGAGAUGUGUUGCGUCAGAGUACUUCACUGAACCUGAUAUAGAGAUCACCACCGAAAACACUGCAAACAUCCUCAAGAUGGUGCGGACAGCCACGCCCUUCCCGAUGGUGUCGCUGCUCUUUGUCUUCACGGCCUUCGUCAUCAGUAACAUCGGACACAUCCGGCCUCAGCGCACCAUCCUGGCCUUUGUGUCUGGCAUCUUCUUCAUCCUCUCAGGCCUCAGUCUGGUGGUGGGGCUGGUGCUCUACAUCUCCAGUAUUAAUGAUGAGGUGAUGAACCGGCCCAGGGAGCCUGAGCAGUUCUUCAACUACCACUAUGGCUGGUCCUUCGCCUUCGCUGCCUCUUCCUUCUUACUCAAAGAGGGGGCCGGGGUGAUGUCAGUCUAUCUGUUUAUGAAGCGCUACGCUGAGGAAGAGAUGUACCGCCCCCACCCUGCACUCUACCGCCCCCGCCUGUCCGAGAGCAGCGACUACAGCGGCCAGUACCUCCAACCAGAAUCCUCCUGGCCUCUGCCAAAGCGAGGCCGCAGCACCUCCAUAGCCUCCAGCGACAUCUCCAUCCAGCUCAACCAAGCGCCCCCAGCACCGCCCAAAAGUAACCUCCAAACGGGUGGCCAGGGCAGCCCGCCUUCUGGGUCUUCUUCCGCAGGGAGCUACCAAAUGCCCCCGCAGUCUGCUGGCUACCCCUCACACACCCUACCCAGGUCGCACUCCUCACAUCCCCAAGGCCAGGCUCUUCCCAUGGCCAUGCCUCCAUCGCCUGUACCUCCCCCUCACUAUCACACACACAUGCACAUGAGUGCCUCCCCCUGUUAGGAAGAGGGAGGGAAGGAGAGACACUGACUCCUCAUAAUCAUGUAUACAGUACAUUUAGAUGAUGGAUGAGAGCAAAUGCUGAGCUUGGAGCACAGAUCAUGUGAGAUGAAGUGGAGAUAGAGGUGAUCAAACAUAAAAAGAUGUAGCUUUGGAACAAUAUGAAGCAAGGACAAAGGAGGUUUGGGGAGAGCUCUCCAAUUGGAUAGGGUUAGGAUUAGGGUGUGGAGAUUUUACAGAAACUGUGAUGGACAGAGAAACAUUAAAACAGGAGAAGAGUGGAAAAGAAAAAGAGGAAUUCAGUUUGCCAUGAUGGAAAGAGGGAAAAAAGUGUUUCCUAGAAAGACUUUAGAGGUUAGGUUGAGUGACAGAGGAGAUAUAGGGGAGGGAGAGUGAGGCAGGGAGAGCGAGGGGCUGCGGUAUAACACGAAGAUACUGCAGUGCUGCGGGAAAUUUGUAUGCACUUGGAAAUGUACAAUGAAAAACACUGAUCACAAAGACUGAGGAUGCACAUAGUUUUAUACAUACAUUGCCAAUACAUGGACUAUGUUUCUUUUUACCAAAAGGUAAAUGUGGUAAAAUAUAUUCUUGUCUUCUCUGAAUUUCUUACAUCAUCAAUCCAGUUUCAUAACUCACAAUGUCAAAGUAUUAUUAAUAAUAUUAAUUAAAAAUGAUUAGUUAACAAUAGAGUAAUCCUGAAAAGAGAACACUGUAUGUGAAUGUUGUUAACCUUUGUAAAGAAAAUACUGACAGAAGUGGAUGAUAUUCUGAAAAAUCAUGAGGAGAAAUCAACUUUAUGUUUUACAUUUUUGUUUAAGAUACAAAUUUCUAACUUCUUGUACAUAAAACUGCACACAAGGACUUUUAUAUACUGUUGUAUAUUAUGAAUGAAGCUUUGGCACAAGUCACAUCAAGAAAAUUUCUGAUUCAUUCUGCUUUGGAUGAAGAUUCUGCAACAAGCGGAACACCCCCUGGAUGCAGCGCAUGCUGGUUUGAAGGAGGAACCACCUGACACUGAUACGGGGGUCUGAUGCCCUCUACUGGCCACUGUUCUGCACUGACCCUGGACCAGCCCCUGGGCCACACCAGUUCACUACUUUUUCAUGCACUCUCCCUUCCUCACUGACCUGUACUGCGUGUCAGUUGAUGGUGCAGCACAGAUGAGGUGAGACUGAAGUUGUUGUCCAUCCAGAGGUGGAGUUAUGGUGAAUGUCAAGAGCAACGAGACAUGCCAUUUUGAACUGUACAUGGAUCAAGAUAUACGCUUAUAUGCUUUUAAGACUUUGUUAGAAGUAUUUUUUAAAGCUAUAGUGCUGUUUAUAUAUCUGGAAAAUUCACAUGAUGAAAGUAUUAAUUACAUUUGCACUUACUGCUCAAAGGACAAUACCACUGUUUGUGAAAUGCAGGUCCUCUGUUUUUGACAUUACAUAAACAAAGUAGACCACUGCUUUAUUCCAAUAUUGUCGGCAGCCAUUUGUCAGAGUGCAUCAUGCCAAGGUUUUCUAGAGUAUCUGAAAAUUUAGGGCUGCAACUAAUGAUUAUUGUCAUUAUCAGUUAAUCUGCUGAUUGUUUUCUUGAUUUAUCUUUUUGUCUAUGAAAUGUCAGAUAAUAGUGAAAAAUGCCCAUUGUAAUGUCCCAUUACUCAAGGUGAUGUGUUCAAACUGUUUGUUUUCCUUGACUAACUGUCCAAAACUCAAAAGAUAUUCAGUUUUCUGCCAUAUAUGACAAAGAAAGGCAUCAGAUCCUCAUAUUUGAGAAGCUGGAACCAGCAAGUGUUUGGCAUUUUUGAUUGGAAAAUGACUAAAAUGAUGAAUCUAUUAUCAAAAUAGUGCUGAUUACUUUUUGUGGAUGGACUAAUUGGUUAAUCAACUAGUCGUUGCAGCUCUAAAUGUGUUACAGUACUUUACAGAAAAAGCACCUGUACAGUAUCUCAAAGAUGAAAAGUUGUUCCUUUUGAUAAAAUGUUGCAGGUAUCAGGACUUUCAGACAAUCCCACAUGGGUCAGAGUAGCACUUCCUUCAACAUCACAAUGUAGCAGGCUGUAUAGGACAUUGUAGGAUGUUAUUGCCUACUUUGCCGUGCACUUUAACCAAAUUGGGUAUAUUGUGUUUCUUUUUGUAGUAACUAACAUGUUUUUUCAGGUGCUCUAGAACCUGAAUGCUCUGAUCAAGUUGCUCUCAGAUAAUGUACAGUAUCUCAAAGAUGCAGAAUAGUAAUCUUGAGUAUGAAUUCUUCUCAAGACAAGCAGGACCUGUGUAUCAAUAAUUUAUUUUGUUUGUUUGUUUUUAAGGCACAUCAUGCACAGGGAUAUGAUAUAUUUCUGUAAUGAGAAUUAAACCACUGUGUCAUUAUGUAAUGGCUGGUUUUCAUCAUCACUGUGACGCUGGAGAGAGGGAAACACACUGAUGUCCUACAGAAGAUGUGUGGGAUGGUAAAGACUUACAGGAGAGAAUAGAAAGUGAGAUCAUGGAGAUAUCAUCGUAUUUUCGCCUUUAUGCGGGGUUUUGUUGAGCAAGCAUGUGGUUUUUCAACACCGCCCUGCUUUUUGUUUAUGCAGCUGCACAAAUACAUAUUGAGGUGAAGCCCAGUGCAAAUGCAGCCUUCUAUUGAUGGUUCUGCUGUUACAGUUAAGGGGUUAAGUGCCUUGCUCAAGGGCACCUCAGCAGUAGCUGUUGAAGAAGAUCAAAGUAUUUCCCAUUCUAGAUUUUCCCAACCAAUCUGGUUAAAAUCCACCUCUCUAACCUUUAGACUACUGCUAACCCCAUUAUGACUGUUGUGACUGUGGACAGCUGAGAAGAUUUCCUGUUUCUUCCUUUACGUCACUAAAAUCCUUUUUUUUUUUUUUUGGUAGAACCAUUCGAUAAUCAUCCGGUGCCUCUUAAACUGCAGCAGUUUUUUUUUCAUCUCUGUACCUCUUUGUUUUUCCCUCUCUACCCCCAGCUUUUUUUCCUUUGCCUCUACAUGAUUACAUAAAAGGGUGUAGCUGUGCUUGCUUCUGCAUAAAGCCUAGACUUCUUGCACAUGACCAUCUUUGUAAAGAAAAAACGAGUUAAACAAAUGCUUUUCAGUGCUUUAAUGGAAAUAAUGCUGUAUAAUCUUGAGUUAUAUAAUUCAAUAGCAAUUGUGAUAAGAUCACUGUUUCUGAAAGUGUGGACAUCUGUCAUUCGCUUUCCUCUAAACAUGAAUAAAACUUUCAACAUGGGUUAAUUUCA